GAACACCAAAACGCCAGAAAUGCGGGGAUAUAAAAAUAAAAAAUAAAAAAAUCCCCUUGACAGCCUCUUUCUUAACUCUAACCCACUUUCCAUCCCCAAACAAACCUCUCUCUCUGCCAUCUUUCUCCACCGACACACACACCUUUCUCUCUAUUCGCACUCCUUUUCUCUCUUUCCACCAUCACAAUCCGCCAUUGAUGCUCCUUCUUCUUCUUCUUCAUAUUCAUCUUCGUCUCUCAAACCCUAACCCCUCCAUUUUCCCACUCAGUCUUUCACCAUUCCAGACCCUACUCCGCACAGCCCCUUUCACCACCGCCUUCGCCUUUCCCAGAAUGCAUUCUCCAUCUCCAUCCCUUCCUCCUGGGCUUGCCAUCCCAGUCCCACCCGAAUAACAACUCCUUCUUCUUCUUCUUCUUCCUCUUCAAUGUUCUCCACCCCUUUCGUCCUCACCUUCUCUCUCCUCCUUUCCCUCCCAAUCCUCUUCUUCUUGGCUCCUCACUUCCUCCCUCCUCUUCAGCCCCAGCGCCAACCCCUCUUGAUUUCCCAGUCCGACGAGCUCGACGACCUCGCUCUCUUUGACCGCGUUGCUGGGUCUUCUCUCUCUACCAACCCCUCCACAUUUUCUCAUCUCUCUACUGGCUCUAACCCUAAGUUCAAGAUCGCUUUCCUCUUCCUCACCAAUUCCGACCUGCAUUUCGCUCCCCUCUGGGAACGAUUCUUCAAUGGCAAUUCCAAUCUCUACAACAUUUACGUCCACGCCGAUCCCGCCGUCAACGUCACGCGCCCUCCUGGUGUCUUCCACGACCGCUUCAUCCCCGCCAAACGCACCUACCGCGCGUCCGCUACCCUCAUCUCCGCCACGCGUCGGCUUCUUGCCACCGCGAUUCUCGACGACCCGGCUAACGCUUUCUUUGCGGUUCUCUCCCAGUACUGCGUUCCUCUCCAUUCCUUCAGAUAUGUCUAUCACUCCCUCUUCGCCUCCACUACCUUCGAUUUGUCUUCGUCUCGGCGUGCCGAUUCCGAUCCGGAUCUGAGUCGACUCGGCGUGCGCGCCAAGUACAAGAGCUUCGUCGAGAUACUCUCCAAGUCGAAAAGCCUAUGGAAGCGGUACGUCGCCAGGGGAAGGUUCGAGAUGAUGCCCGAGGUGUCUUUCGAGCAGUUCCGUGUCGGAUCGCAGUUUUUCGUUCUGACGCGCCGGCACGCGCUGCUUGUGGUCAAGGAUCGGACUCUGUGGAGGAAGUUCAGAGCGCCCUGUUACAGGGAAGACGAAUGCUACCCGGAAGAGCACUAUUUUCCGACCCUUUUGUCAAUGUCGGAUCCGAAUGGUUGCAACCAUUACACGCUAACACGGGUCAAUUGGACCGGAACCACCAAUGGCCAUCCGUAUACUUAUCGGCCGGCGGAGGUGUCGCCGGAGCUUAUUUAUCAGCUCCGGGUGUCAAAUUACUCGGAAUCUUACCUGUUUGCCCGGAAGUUCUCGCCGGAAUGCUUGAGACCCUUGAUGGGUAUGGCCGAUAGAGUCAUUUUCCGGGACUGAAUUUUGCUUCCCUGCUAAGUGGUUAAAAAAAGAACAGUUGGGGAAUUUUACCUUUUUGGCAACAAACUGAAGUAACGUAUUGGGAAUAUGGUUUUGAAGAGCUGUAAGAGUGGCCACAACAACCUAAAAACCCAGAAAUACGAACUGAGUUUACCAAAGAGAAGUGAAGUCGUAAGAGAACCGAAAGGGGAUUAGCCUACUAGAGGCUGUAGAAAAAGCAAAGCAAAAAAAGCAAGCAAAAAAGCAAAGCAAAAAUUGCAAAUGCAAGCAAUGAAUGAAGCAAGGUAUUUUACUUUCGUUAAAGUUGUAUUUCUUUUCACCUUUUAUUAUUAUUAUUAUUUUUUUUCUUUUUUUUUGGGGGGGGCCCUUUCGGAUGGUGUAACAAUAGUACCACUAGUAGACGCGCUUUAGAAGGGUUUAGGUUUUUUCCUUUUUGGUGGGAUGUUUUCUGUACAUAAUUUUGUUUUAUUUUUAUUUUUUAUUUAUAAAUAUAUGUAAUGUGGGUAUGUGGAUGGAUUCGCAUGUACUUCGCAAGAGGAAAGGGAUAAAAGAAACCUCAUAUAAUAUUGGGGAAAAUUGUUGGGGCUUAAACUUUUGCCUAUUUUCGAUUUCCA